AUGAUUCGCAGAUGUUCUCUAUUGAAAACAUGCAAACUAAAUACCUCAAAAGUGUCUUGUUUGAACAGUCAUGUUUAUCCAGUACAGAGAUUGUGUCCUUCAUUCAGACCAUUGGCAACAGUUGCUGAACUGCCUAGCGUACUAAAACGAACCACUCGAGAGAUUGCAGCUCGUGCUUGCUCAACCCAACUUUUACUUACAAGAUGGGCACUAGAAGCAUCAACUUUGUCUGAAACAACCCCAUCUUCAAAAGAACGGGCUCAAGCUGGAUACGCUGCUCUACAGGAAGCACUUUCUAAAACCACUAUCAUGGAACAUAUGACUUUGAAUGAAAAAGCACUCUUGCAGAAACAGUUUGGAACAUGGGAUAUUGCAACAGAUAUUGUUGCGAUUCAAAACCGAUGGGAGUCUUUUGGUAUGCUGAUCUGGGCACUUUGUAUUGUUAAAGAAAUUCCUGAACCGCCCCAGUCAUUUCCUCACGAACAGCUUUAUCAAGCUACGGCUAUUAUCCCAGGCUUUCCCAACACGAUCGAUAUGUUUUUGGACUAUUUCACAACGGGGGAGGGAAGCAAAGCUAGUCAUAUUAUCAGUAAAACUGAUUUUGAAGCGGUUGUAGAUAAAACUGAAGCUUGGUAUUGGAGAAGUAAGGCACAAACUGUAUUGGAGCUGAAACGAGGAUUGCAGAGUGAUUCUCCCGAAAUCAUUCAAGCACGACAAAAGGUAACUGCUGGACUACGCGCAGUGAUGGAAAAUAUCGAAAAAGCAAUUUCUCAAGCAAGUCAGCGGGCACUAGCAGAUGGGCUCAUAUCCAAGUCUGUAAAUGACGAUUUUUGUGUUGGAAAUAACACUGCUUAUAAGGACAUGGACGAUCACGGCCUGAGGGAUUUGGAACGCAUGUCAGCUGCAAGACUUGCUGCGUUAGGAUGGCUUGUAGGUAUUGAGGAAUGGGACUAUGAUCCUAGCAAUGUCAAGUUCAUCAAUCCUCUUGGAUCUCUUUGGAAGCCUCAAUAA